AACCAGCCCUAAAUUUAAGCUAGGAGAUGCGCAGGGUGGAUGAAAGACAGCAGAGCCCGGCAGCUCCUGAAGGGCUGAGGGAGGGCGAGACUCCCCUUAGUGCGAGCGAGGCACGGAGCAGCACAACUCUAAUUCAGCUUGUGUUGACUAUCAAUUUAUUUAUCUCCACGAGGCGGAAGGCUGGAUUUACGGAGGCACGGAGCCUCCCCUCCGGCCGAGGGUGGUGCCGCUUGCCGGGGGCUGGAUCCGCCUUCCCGGGGGCUGGAGCGCGGCGAGCCCGGGGCUGGAGCGCGGAUUCCCCGCAGCCGCUUCUGCUCCCCGCGGCUGCCAGGCGGCCUCAGCCCCGAUCGCUGCUCGGUGGAGCCGAUGGCUGCAGCCCACCUCUGCAUAGGGGUGUGUAAACUUGGUGGAAGUCGGGCUUUUUGGGCGAAACCCUCCCCUCAGCGAGCAUGCCUGAGCAGAGCAAUGAUUACAGGGUGGUGGUGUUCGGAGCAGCGGGGGUCGGCAAAAGCUCCCUGGUCCUGCGCUUUGUGAGGGGCACUUUCAGGGAAACCUAUAUCCCCACCAUCGAGGACACGUACCGGCAGGUGAUCAGCUGUGACAAGAGCAUCUGCACCCUGCAGAUCACCGACACCACGGGCAGCCAUCAGUUCCCUGCCAUGCAGCGCCUCUCCAUCUCCAAAGGGCAUGCCUUCAUCCUGGUGUACUCCGUCACCAGCAGGCAAUCCAUGGAAGAUCUUCACCCCAUCUUCGAUGAGAUCUGCCAGAUCAAAGGCGACAUCCAGAAAAUCCCGAUAAUGCUGGUGGGGAACAAAAGUGACGACACGCAGAGGGAGCUGGAUGCCAGCGAGGGGCAAGCGCUGGCCAGCAAGUGGAAGUGUGCCUUCAUGGAGACGUCAGCCAAAAUGAACUACAACGUGCAGGAGCUCUUCCAGGAGCUCUUGAAUCUGGAGCAGAGGAGAACUAUCAGUCUCCAGGUGGAUGGAAAGAAAUCCAAACAGCAGAAAAAGAAAGAUAAACUGCAAGGCAAAUGCUCUCUGAUGUGAUUGCCUUUGGCUGGACUCGCUGCACGGCGCAGCUGGAGCGUGGACUCCCACAGAAAAUACAUUUCUGCUGGAGGUUUUGGGGGAAUCCACGCCUUGCAGGGUUGUGCUUUCCUCUAAAAUCCCCACUGGGUAAUUUUAUGUGUUGUUUUUAAGGAGGAUGGCUUCUGCAUGUUUAUUUUUUUUAAGCAAUAAAUGUUCCAUGUUAGCAAUUA